AUGCAUGCUCUCAUUCUUGCGCUUGUCUUAGCAGCUACACUCUCGCUGGGAAUCGCAAAGGACUGCGAUUACUUGGACGACGAUUACCGAAAAAUAUUUGAUCGACACUUCUAUUACUAUCGACUUAAGUAUAGAUGUGAACUUGAAAAGGAAGCAUAUCAAUACUUUGUGAACAGAAAAGAACCUCCAAAGGGACAUUAUCUCGUUGAAAGAAGAUACGGAAACCUGAAAAAGCGUGAGUUAAAACAGCUUGUGGAAAAAAUGAUUGUCAAGAGCAUGGUCAAGUACAAAAGUUCCAAAGCUGGCUGCUAUAUCGGCGAAGUGUUGAAUGGGAAGGAGAAACAAGCAAUUAUUUGCGUAUUCGCUUCAAAUUACUAA